CCCACCAUUCUGUUGGCUGAUUGGUGGUUUGUUCCGUUUGUUAGCUUUCUAUCUCUAUAGCCUUCCGCGCUGCUUCCCUCUGACCCUCUCUCCCUCCUUUGUGUGUGUCCUCUACUCUACUCUCUGUCUGCAUAUAAAUAGGCCACCCGGGGCAACUUGUUGCUGAUAAGAGGUAGUAGAUCAUCUUGCACUGUCAAAUUGCACAGGGCAACUCUACUGACAAGCUAGACAAGGCUACAGCUCGUGAGAAACAUUGUGCAAGCAAGAUGGUCAAGCAAAAGAUUGUUCUCAAGUUGCCGUUGGAUGGCGACAGGAACAAGAGGAAGGCCUUCAAGGCCGCUGUUGGCAUGGCAGGUGUGACAUCCGCGACGUUGGAGGGGGACAAGAUCAUCAUCCUCGGCGACGGCGUCGACCCGAUCGCGCUGACGACGAUGCUCCGGCGCAACCUAGGAAAAGCCGAGCUCGUCAGCGUGUCGUCCGGCGAUGACAAGAAGAAAGAUGGCGGCUACGGCUACGGCGGAGAAAAGAAAAAGGACGGCUACGGCUACGGCAGCGCCGACGGUGGCGGCGGCAAGGACACCAAGGGUAACGGCGGUUACCAUCAGAAUGAGGUGGCGCCGAUCCCGUACCCCGCGUACCACCAGUACAACGCCAUGCCGUCCUACCCUGCUUACGCAUACGCUCCGUAUCAGCAACAGCAACAGGAUCCCGGUUGCAGCAUAAUGUAAGCUAAGGUGCCGACGAGAAAAGCUCGGGGAGACUCAAAGACUUAGUCCAGGACAAGACAAGCUUUCAUUUCAAAAUAAGUUCAGGAUAAGCUUAGAAAUCCUGAACUGAUCAAGCGAACUACGAUGAAGCAAGAGAUUAGCUGGCUGCUUGAGCUGCACGUACAUGUACAUAGCUUGUGGAAGCAUCUGCAGUGGUUGUCUGUAAAUUCAGGGCUUCAGUUCAGAGUGUCCUAGUGUUGUGGUCUGUGCAAGAUUGAAAAGGGUGGACGGAAUUAAUGGAACAGAGAGAUGCAUGUUGCGCAAAA